AUGUGGUCAAAAAUAAAAGAAGUCAAAAUAUCAUCGAAUCACUUCUCUCCGUACACACCUGAUAGGUAUGGCGAUAUGCACUCAACUAAUGGCAAAAUUCCACCACGCUCUUCACAACCUGAAGCCAUAGCCGUCAAAGGGCAUAAUCAUGAUGGAUGCUUGGAGAGAGUUCCUUAUGCAUCUCUUAUGGCUACCGUCAUGUGUGGGAUCGGAGUUAUAUUGUUUUCAAUAAUGAUUGCUUGGGGCUUCAAUGCAACUGCAGAACAAACUCGAAGAACACUGAAACUCGAUGACUGGCCCUGGCUUGAUAAAGUUCAAAUCUUUUUUGUUGUGAUUUUAAUACUCAUGAUUGUGUUCGCUCUUUUCUUCUUAGCAGUUGGUUUCACUGCUACAGGUUCUACUAGGGAGCAAAUGUACAAAGAAAAACAAGCCAAAUGUGGAGGUAGAUGUGUGUUAGGCUUUUCUAUGGCUUUGACAGUUGCACUGAUUUUAAGUUGGAUUGCCAUAAUCAUGUUUCUAUCGGCUAUUUGUUUCUCUUAUAUUGUCUUUCACAGUAUUUGUGGAGAUAUGGUGGAUUUCUCAGAAACACAAUGUCUGGACUUGUCCAUAUUCAGACCUCUCAUUGACAAGUUCUCCAAAUCGACAUUGAAACUAUGUGGAGGCGAUGCCCAACAGUUCUGUGCGCUCACAUCUACAGCUCGAUCCUGGUAUAUCGUAGGAUUGGUAGGAAGUAUAAUAGUGUUAUUAGGACUUUGUAAGUUCUUAGCUAUUCAUUCGGCAAACUUUUCAAAUAUUGGAAAUGCCAGUCGCUAUGUAGAACUUCGUGAUCUGUUUUUGGAGCCAUCAACUCCUCCCGUUCCAAGUAUACCUCCUCCUAUGCCUAACCGUUAUCCAGAAGGACCACGACAUCCAAGAUCAUACGAAAGAUCUAGGCUUAGAGAGAGGAAAGGCUCAUACACAGAAAAUUCAACUUAUUCUGAUAAUAAAUCAAUGUCUCGAAUGGCUGAGAACAAAUCGGAUACAUUCAGCCAGUACCAAUAUGGUCGAAAGUAUAAUCCAUAA